AAGAAGGAAAAGCGGAAACUUCCACGACCACCCGCGCUCUCUUCGGGUUCGGACCCGACCGCACGCGGUUCAACGAGUUGGUUUCUGGUUUCUCUCCUUCUAGCACCACUGCCGAGUGCCGAGGCAAAACCCUAGCUCACCUCCAUGGAUAGCCACGGCCACGUCUCUGGCGGCAAGCGCAAGGGCAAGCGCGCCCGCAAGCCGGAGCCGCCGGUACUCGCCUCUCCCGACAACAGCCACGACCACAAGCACCACGACACCGCACCAUCCUCCUCGCCCCUCUCCACCGCCGCCGUCGCGGCGUCAGACUCCCCGGACCCCGAGCCGGCGUCAUCCUCCCCAGCUCCCCGCCGCCGGGGCCGCAAGUCCCGCCGCAUCCGCAACGGGACCCACUCCGAGGUCGAUGCCGCCCCCUCACCCUCGCCUCCGCCGCGUCGGGGCGGGCCUAAGGGGGCGCCGAACGGUGCGGUGGACGUUGCGGAGCCGUCUCGGCGGGAGCUGGCGGUUAAGAUGGUGGAGGUUCCCGCGGCGGUGGAGCCCCUGCGUUGGGACCAGGUGGUGAAGGUGGUGCCGUCGAUGGACGCCGUGGUGAAGGUGUUCUGCGUCCACACGGAGCCCAACUUCUCCCUGCCGUGGCAGCGGAAGAGGCAGUACAGCUCGAGCAGCAGCGGGUUCAUCAUUGGGGGCCGUAGGGUGCUCACUAACGCCCACUCGGUUGAGCAUUACACCCAGGUCAAGCUCAAGAAGCGUGGCUCGGACACCAAGUACCUUGCGACUGUCCUUGCCAUAGGCACCGAGUGUGACAUUGCAAUGUUGACCGUUGAGGAUGAUGAAUUCUGGAAAGGCGUUUCACCUGUAGAGUUUGGGUCGCUGCCAGCACUUCAGGAUGCCGUCACUGUUGUUGGUUACCCAAUUGGAGGCGAUACUAUCUCGGUGACUAGUGGUGUAGUUUCUAGGAUAGAAAUACUUUCAUAUGUUCAUGGUUCUACAGAGCUUCUUGGGUUACAGAUAGAUGCAGCUAUAAAUUCAGGAAAUUCAGGGGGGCCUGCUUUCAAUGAUAAGGGAAAAUGUGUUGGUAUAGCUUUCCAAUCUCUUAAACAUGAAGAUGCAGAGAACAUAGGCUAUGUUAUACCCACCCCAGUUAUUAACCACUUCAUUGAAGAUUACAAAAAAUCUGGAGAAUACACAGGUUUCCCUAUACUUGGAAUAGAAUGGCAAAAAAUGGAAAAUCCUGAUCUCCGCAAGGCAAUGGGAAUGAAAGCUAACCAAAAGGGUGUUCGGAUACGAAGGGUUGAGCCAACUGCUCCUGAAUCUGGAUGUCUCGAACCUUCUGAUAUCAUCCUUAGCUUUGAUGGUAUUGAUAUUGCCAAUGAUGGUACAGUUCCUUUUAGGCAUGGUGAACGCAUUGGAUUUACCUACCUUGUUUCUCAAAAGUACACUGGUGAGAAGGCACGCGUGAAAGUACUUCGCAACUCAAAAAUCCAUGAAUUUAACAUAAAGCUAGCAACCCACAAAAGACUCAUUCCAGCUCAUAUCAAGGGAAGGCCGCCGUCAUAUUACAUUGUUGCUGGCUUUGUUUUUAUGGCUGUGUCUGUUCCAUAUCUUCGAUCUGAGUAUGGAAAAGAAUAUGAAUACGAUGCCCCCGUGAAGUUGUUGGACAAGCAUUUGCAUGCAAUGGCACAAUCAUCUGAUGAGCAGCUUGUGGUGGUGUCACAGGUGCUUGUGGCUGAUAUAAACAUUGGUUACGAAGAUAUAGUCAACAUUCAGAAUCACAUACCAUGCAAGGGAUAUUGCUACCAAAGUGCAAUUACUUAGCGGUAGUACUUACAUGAGAAAAUUUACUCCAAUUACGCUUGCAUCCAGAUGCAGCGCAACAAAGGCUAACAAUUCAUUUUGCUAAACAUUGGAGUUCAUAUGUCAGGCCACGUAUGCACCUCACCAAAGAACUGUUAUUUACAUUCCAGACAUACAGUCGUGGAGAGGUGGACAAUUCACUUAUAUUAUAUUCUAACAUUCAUUGCUUUGAGAAAAAAAGGGGAAGGAGAUAAUACAGAACUUACUAUGAUUUUUCUAUCUGUGUCUCUUGUUGCUCCUUGCUUUGAGAAGGAUUCGCCUUCAGCCAAUCAGCCCUCUCAGUCGUGGGCUUGUUUAGUUAUCUUGUUCUGCUCCCCAUCAUCACUCACCAUCUUUCACAUAACUUCAUUAAACAUGAUUCUCAGCUUUGUAGCUUGUAUUCUAUCUUUUUCACUUAGGGGCCGUUUGUUUCCUUGGAAAUGAAACUCAUUCCAUGAAUAAUAUUCUAGAUAUUGGAUUCCUAAAGAAAGUAAUUCCUUAGAAUUUGAUUCAAUUCAAUUUUUUUGUUUGGAUGCUAAUGGAAUUAUUUCCAUGAAUCAAAUUCAAUAUCCUGUUUGGGUAGUUAUAUAUGGAAUUGACAUAUUUAGAGGAAAGUAACCACAUCAACUUGCACACAGUACCUGUUAACUUGUACACAACAUAUUUAGAGGGAAGUAACCACAUCAACUAUUAAUAAUGCAGAUUUGUCUCAAAUGUCUACAUAUCAUUGGAACACAUUACUUGCUACUCAACGUGAUGUUCAAUUCACCCAACAUAUACUAAGACAGCAACAUCAAACACACCCAACAACAGUUUAAUUAAUCCAACCACAACUCGGUUCACUUUUUAAGUUGCUUCAGCAACCAUCUCUUCCUCAAAAUCACUGGAAGUGCCAAUAAGGACUCGUACUUGCGCGCAUCACCUGUUAAGAUAUCAAACAAGUCUAAAAAUGUGUCUUCAUCUAACCCAUCUAUCUCCUCCAAUGUGCUAAAAAUUUCUUUUGAUGUCGGGCCUUUUGGUGCUUCAUCCCUAAUGGCUUCAGUGAACUUGUCUAAUUUCUCUGCCAUCAUUGAGGUGAAGGAAUCACUGGAUCGUUGCCUCUUCAAGCUUCCUGAGGUUGUUGAUGAAGUAAACUCUUUACCGGUUCCCUCUUCCUUACUCAUAUCUCUCGCACCAUCAGCUGGGGUCUUUGCCGCUUCACCGGUUGCAUGAUCUUUCCCAAACACCAAGUUGAUCGAGUCCCAAUAUAAGACUGUCUUGUGUCUGUAUCCAUUAGCUUCUUUAUUUUUCUGCAGAAAACAAUUUGAGGUGAGCUCUAGAUGAUAUAAUCUAGGAAGUAAACAAACGGGGCAUAAGAAGAGAGCAUAUGUAUCAGCAAACGUUGUUAGGUGUAUCGCUGCCGGUUGUAACUUAAUAAGCCAACAAUUUGAGGUUCAAUUUCUGCAAGUGAUAGGGGUUCUCAUUUGUACUGCUGCAUGCAUGCCGGUAAAAUGAGCAAGGAAAAACUGAAAUAUAUAUAGCGAGACAGAUCAUAGAUGGACAACUGAUAUAUAGUAGGUUGGGUACAACUAAAAUUAAGCACAAAAACAUGGCAUAAAGAAGCAGGAGGUGUAUAGCACAACAUAAAAACAAAAAAAACUGAAAUAUAUAUAGCUUGCUGAUAUAUAUCAACUGAAAUAUAUCAACUGAAAUGUAUGGCAUAAAGCGCAAAAACAUGACAUAAAGCAAAAGACAACUGAUAUAUAUCAACUGAAAUAUAUCAACUGAAAUGUAUGGCAUAAAGCGCAAAAACAUGGCAUAAAGCAAAAGACAACUGAUAUAUAUCAACUGAAAUAUAUAUAGCUUGCUGCUUGCAUUUGCUAUUAUAGUGUGGUGAUAGUGUAACAACAUAAAAACAAAAAAAAAACUGAAACUUACCGCCACAUAAGCCUCCCAUACAGAAUCACUAUCGACGGAUAUCUUGUUCUUGUUCCAAUCCCAACCAAAGCCACUUGUUUCUAGCAUACCAUUGAUGAUAGUGUGGUGCUUGUCAAAUGUCUUAUUCCUUGACAUGAUGUUGUCUUUUGUGAUUUCCACAUUGCACUUUUCUCGGACAUUCUUGAUAGCAGCCGUGUAGACAUGAGACUUCCACCCAUUUUGGCAUCUGUCACCCUUGUUGUAGUACUCCACAAAUGUGUCAAGAAGUGCCUUGUCCAUAUCAUCAUUCCAAGAAAUGUAGCCCCUACCCGAGCCUGACUUCUUACCCUUCUCCAUAUCCUACAAAUAAAAAAAUUACAAAGGUUAGUAGAGUUAUUGAGGAGCAACACAAUAUUUGCAAAAAAAAGAAAUAUUUAAAAAUUAUCAUACAUUGUCCACGUCUCGCUUGGUAAUCAUCAAACAUUUGGUUAGCUUUGGUGUCCCUGAAGUUAGUCCAUUGAUUUGAUGAUUGCACAUUGGUAAUCAUACUCACUUCACUUUGAACAUCAUGAGAUUCAACAGAUAUUACUUGAUCAACUUGGCCUAAAAGUAAAUCAUCCAUAUCUCUUUGCCUAUCCCUUACAAAGUUGUGCAAUAUGCAACAAGCAUUGAUGAUCCUAAUCUGAUUUUGUAAGUCAAAAUAUGAGUUUUUCCUUAAUAUAGCCCACCUCAUCUUCAAUAGCCCAAACGUUCUCUCUAUCACAUUUCUAGCUGUUGAAUGGCGCAAAUUGAACAAUUCCUUGGCAUUGGAUGGGUUAUUCCCUUGGGCAGCCCACUCAUUCAAGUGGUAGCGAGUGGAUCGAUAUGGAGCAAGAAAGCCUGGUCCAUUGGUGUAUCCAGCAUCUACUAGGUAAUAUUUUCCACUUGGAAUAGCAAAUGCAUCAUCCCGAGACAUGGCAUCACGUAGCACACGUGAAUCUGAAGCUGACCCUUCCCAUCCAGCUAGAACAUAAACAAACUUCAUGUGUCGAUCACAAACACCCAAAACAUUGGUGGUGAUUUGUUGCUUCCUAUUCCUAUACCUCCCUUGAUCAGCCAAAGGUACAAAAACAUCAACGUGUGUACCAUCUAGUGCUCCAAGGCAAUCUUCGAACCACCUCCACUUAGAAUCUUCAGGUUGUACAGCUAAAGGGUUAGGAAGCUUGAUAAAUUCAUGACAUAAUGAUAGAACACCUCUCAACACCUCAUUGAAAUAGCGGCUAAUUGGUUCAAGUGACCACCCGUAUGAGCUACGAAUCAUCCUCAUCUUAGUGCCAUGACCCACUACAAGCAAAAAGAUAGCAACCUUUUCUUCUACCGACACAUUCAAGGUGUCAUACAUACCACACCUCUCACGUAAGAUGGUGCAUAGGUCCGAAAAGGAUCUCUUAGUUAGACGCAAACUGUCAUAGCAAUAAACAUUUGAUCCUUGAUACAGAUUCCUUAGCAUUUGUUUACGACCAACUACAUCUCUCUCUAUCACCUCAGAGGGAUCCAUAAGAUGUCUAGGUCUUUUCCGAUAAUAAUAGUCCGCAAUCAUGCCCAUGAUAGUUGCAACAAAUAAGGAUGCUACUCUCAGCCUCUUCUUCCUACGUCUCUCUCUCAUUUCCUCCAAAUUUGUUCUAACCAAUUCUAAGUUGUUUGGAGGCAUCUACAACAGAUAAACCAUACAUCAUAAACACACUUGAGAAAACAUAUGGAUACAUUUUAUAAGAUUGAAUGCAUAGCUGUUUGAAAAAAGAAAAUCUGAAACAACGAAAGGAACAAUGACAACCACGGUAGCCUCUUCCACAUAAACUAAUGGCCAUAUAGUGGUAUGAUAAUCUUGAGUUCUCUUGAGGCAGUUGCUAAUUAGAGAGUAGUAACAGCCAACAUCUGUGGCUAGGAUAUUCUAGAGGAGAAAAGGCUGGAUUGAGACCAACGCUUGCAUGCAUAUUUUAAGCUUUAGACUGUACUUGGCUGUAUUUCUUUGGGCGUGCGUGUGUGUUUGCCAUUCAAUUGAAGGUGUACUUGCCUGCUGUAGUGCCUUAAGCUUUAGACUAUACUUGGCUGUAGUUCCCCCGCCUUUGCAUUGCGAGCAGGACAGAGAACCUGGGCCGAGUUGGCUGAUUUGUUGGUGCUCACAACUCGGUGAGCUAGUCCAGCGUUGGUUCACUAGAAGUGCCAAUACGCUCACCCAACAACGGUUAAGAGCAGGACAGAGAAUCAUCGACUAUGACUAGCUCACCGCCCUUCGACACACUCUGCUCAUUUUCUGUUGGUGCUCGAUCGAUGGGAAAUCCAUGGCCUUCAUUUCAGACUAGUCCAUCAGCAGCUACCUGAUCAAUCUCCAACCUUCCUCAGUUCCCUGAUCAAGCUUACUGAUACCUCUCCAGACUCAUGCAUGUGUGGAUGGCCUGCAACUAAAUCCGUCCACUGAACCUCCACGCAGAUCUCUUCGUCAAUGGAUGUGUGGAUGGGAGGGCAGCCGGGGUGAGUGGGUGGGAUAGAGUCAUGGAGAAGAGAACAGAUUUGUAUGGCUUCGAUGCGGACGCCGUGGAAGCAGCUGUUGGAACUUGCUGGAAGCAGCUGUUGGAGAUCUGUGUGGGAGAUCCCGUCCACCGCACCAAGGACCCCGUGCCGAUGCGGUCGCCGUCUGUCGCGUUCGCGACGCUGGACUCGCUAACAGCGUUCCUCUGGCCGCGGCUCCCUCCCGGGGCGCCCUCCUCCUGGGGCUCGCCAUGGGCGACUGCACGACGCCGCCGCCCCGCCUAGACCCAAACCUAGCUAGCCCACACACUCCCUACAAUGGAUCGAAGAGCACGAUCUAGUUGAGAAGGUUUACCUAGGGAGGAUCGACGGGAGCGAUGCAGUGCGCAGAUCGUCGGCGUCGUAUGUCGGACGUCACAACAGCGGCGGAGACAUGUCGGGAGGGUGAGAAGAAUCCUUUUCCACGUUUAGAGGCUAGGAAUCACUCGUGGACUUCAUAUUCGGGCCGGGAAAGUGAGUGGAAAGUUGAAUUCCAAUUCCACGUACGCCAAACAGGUUUGGCCAGGUAUCAAAUUCUAAUUCAGCCCAAUUCCGACUAAACAAACAGGCCCUUAUGGCAAAGUACUUGCUUGGAUUCAAGAAUAGGGCUGCUCCAUACAUCUUUUGCUCCAUUUGGUUUUCCCAUCUCUUCUCAUAGUAUUCUAGUACUUCUUUUAAAUGAACUUGAUUUGUCUUUCAAAGAAUCCUUAAUGACAGUCUUCGUAACAUCCAUGGCUGCCAUAAUCUCAAGAGCUGCUUGUGCCUAAUUUCCAUCUGCUAUCCUUAGAGCAUCAAGAAGUGGUUGUGAAGCUCUUAGGCAAUAUUCCACUUUAUUCCAAAAUGGCAUUGAAACAACAAUGUUCUCAACUUGCCGGCCUUUAUGAGAGGUAGAUAAGCUGGUAGCAUGCCAUUCAUCACUAACGAAUAAAUUUCUCAAUCCAUUCCUGUGAUUACGCAUGCUUGCCAAUGUGAUAAAUGAAGUAGCAGAGCGAGUAACAGCUGACUUCACAAGAUCUCCACCUUUUUUUGUCGCUCAUUAGAUCAAGAACCUUCCCAUGCUUGUAGACGAAUCCACAUACCUUUGCCUUGUUGAUGAGUGUUGAAUUCUUUGAUCUUCCCAAUGUCCAACAUCACAUCUAAGCAAUGAGCAGUACAAGGUGUCUUGUGUCUAAAUGUUGGAUCCUCUCCAUUAGAAGCAUCUCUGCUGCCUUGAAGUUGGCUCCAUUGUCAGUGACAAUCUGCACCACAUGUUCCUUCCCAACCUUAUCAAUUUGCUUCUCCAACAUGUCACCCAACAUAUUUUCAUUUUCUGUCUCACUUGAAGCAUCAACAGACUCUAGGAAGAAUGUCCCUGCUGGAAUGUUAGCAAGGAAAUUGAUAAGAUGGUGGUGGCUUGUGUCAGUCCAUUCAUCAGAUAUUAUGGUGCAGCCAUAUUCCUUCCAAGCCUCCUCAUGCUUAUUCUCAUCACUGAUGUUCUGUUCACAGCUCUUUCAAGCAGCAGAGUCCUAAUAUCAUGAUAUGAUGGUGAGCGGUACUAUGUGACAAAGAGGGUAUCAUAGAAGCUAAAAGACAAGUUUUAUAGGACGGGAUUAGACCUGCAAUGUUGUAUGGUAUAGAGUGUUGGCCUACAAAAAGACUUCAUAUUCAGUAGAUAAGUGUUGUGGGAAUGUGAAGAUUACGUUGGAUUUGUGGCCAUACAAGAAGGGAUCGAGUCUGGAACGAUGACAACGUAAUAGGCUAGGAGUAGUGCCAAUGAAGAAAAAAACUUGUCCAACACCGAUUCAGAUGGUUGUAGUGGGAUCCUAAGACGCGAUAGUAAUGGGAAGAGAGGCAUGCAAAGGGCAAAGUUGAUAUGUGAAGAGGCAGUAAAAGGAUGCUUGAAAUGAUGAAAUAUACCCAAAGAUUUAGCAUUGAAUAGGGUGAAAGAAAAAACAGCUAUCCACGUGCUUGAACCUUGAUUUGUGGCUUCUGUUGGGCUUCGACUCUAACCUACUCUAACGUGCUUGGGACUAAAGGUCUUUGUUGUUGUUAUUGAUGAUGAUGGUGAGCGGUACCCAGGACCGUAUUGCCCAAUUGACUUAAGCAUAACUUCCUAGCUUCUUGAGUUAAUCACAUUCAAUGGUAUGCGAUUCUCAUAAAAGAAAUCAGCAAUAUGAUAGUCAACAAUUAGUUUGGCCCCCUUUGUGGUUGUGCAGUGCUGAAGUGUAGGUUGAGGAGUCUUGGACUUAUGCCUCUCUGCAGCUACUUCCUCUGGUGACUUGCAAAGCAUGGAAGUCACUUUUUUUUCUUCUUUAAUACGCAGGAGAACUGCACAUUUUUGUAUUAAGAAGAAAGAGAAGGGGAGAAAAAAAUCCCCAAAAUACAAACAAUUCCUGAAAGAACACCAAGAAGGGAGAGCAGACUCUGACCACACCACCUACCACUAGCAAGGGAGAGCAGGCUCCGACCACACCACCUACCACUAGGCCAGCAGCUCGUCCAUAUGGAAGAAACCAGACAGAGCUUUAUCACCAGCCAGAGACCAACACAAAGCCUCCUCUCUAGCCGCCUGAAGAGCAGCAGCUAAACUAGGAUUACAAUUAUCAAAGACACACUUGUUCCUAUGCUUGUAAAUAGACCAAGCACCUAAGAUCACCAGCGAAUUGAAGCCCUUUUUCAAAUGAUUAGCCACCUUGGAAGAGCAGAUCCGCCACCAAUACUAAAAAAAGAUAUCAUCAACCGCCGGGCACAACAUCUGCAGUCCUCCAAUCUUUAAAAGUUGAAACCAGAACUGUUUAGAAAACACACAGGAGACCAACAAAUGAUUAAUGGACUCAUCAUCUUGAUCACAGAGCAUGAAACUAUCUUGCACCUCUUAUGUACGCGCAGUUUUGCUAGACAAUUUUGGCAUGCUAUCUUUUCAUCUUUGAGGAUGGGCCAUCUCACGCCUGAUAGAGAUGUGGGCUCUUUUGCUGAGUGGUGGGGCAAGGUGCAUAGGAGAGUGCACAAACAAAUCAGAAAGGUACUCAUAGUAUCAUUAUUCUGAGAGCCUGGUGCUUAUGGCUCCAUCGCAACAGGGCUGUUUUUGAUGGAACAAGUCCUUCCUUGAGCACCAUUCAAAGACUGUUUAUGGAUGAAGUGGAGUGUUGGAGUAGGGCUGGUGCAAAGCAACUUGAAAGCCUUGGUCUCUCAGCUGCCUUUUAUAGGGUCAGCCGGUCAGGACAAUUUCUAGCGCUUAAUGCUGUGACAGCUGA